CACAACUCCUCUGCAUUUCUAACACCGUUCUGGUGCAUGUCACUCAUCGUUCUCCGAUUUCUAGAAGAUGUGGUGGUUCUUUCAGUUGGUUUGGGACAUCGCGCGGGGCAUUUGCUCAGCGCUGUGGGAAUGGGCAACGUUGAUGGCUCUUAUGCUUCUGGGGUUACUGAUAUUCUUCGUGAUUAUCGCGGGCGGCUUCAUCUGUAUUGCGGCCGCGAUCUAUCUGGGCUAUCUGGGCGUACUGUUCGUCGCCUGGGUCUUCGAUGGCAUUCGAGGAAUACCUCGCUACUCACGGCGGACAAUUGGCUGGCUUCGAGGACGCAUCGCUCGUCUCCUUUUACAAUGGAUGGUCGCGCCCUGGCGUCUCGGAUGGCGAUCAUACCAGAAUUUCGCGGAUUUCCGGACACCACUCUUGUCAGAAAGCGCUCAUUCGGACUCUGAUGAUAGCAUCUACACCAGCAAGCUCUGCCAGGAGUGCUUUCGAAUCGUGAGCCAGUCUGGGCUGCUAUCCGGAUCUAUCUUCCCUCUUAUCCGGCGUUGCGAGUGGCAUGACUGGGCAGUUCCUGUUCAUAACUCAGUUUUACGCAAAGACUCCUGCCAUUUGUGUCGAUUAAUGUUGUGCUCUAGAGGGGAGGAUACGGGAAGCCGCUCGUUUUGGAAUAAUUGCCUGAGUCUGCAGGCUUUCGGCAGACACGGAAGGCACCAAAAACGUAUACGCAUAUGGAAAGACGCGGGAGCAGGCUCCAUUAGGUCUGAUCGCCUCUUCCUGCAGCCCUUCUGUCCUUGCUACGAGAGAAAUGGCAGCGUCUGUGGACCAAUCUCUAUUGUUGAAGAGAAUUUAAAUGGCCCUCCAGUCUCAGUCUACGUCUCGACAUCCACGGGCUCGAAACAUUGUAUGGAGCUCGCGAAAUCGUGGAUUUCAGACUGUGAGAUAAACCACAAGCUCCACUGUACUCGGAUGUGCGAAGGGUCACAUGCCUCGCUACAUUAUCUUCCGAAAAGGCUGCUAUAUGUUGGCGACGAACUGUCUAGUACGCUCCAACUCGUGGAUACUUCUUCGAUGAACUCCAUCCCUGCCAAUGCGAAGUACCUUGCGCUAAUGUACUGCCGCGGAGAUGCUGGAUUGCUCUCGCAUCAGAAAUUGACGCUGGAUAAACAAAGCAACUGGGUGAAGCACAUCGAUAAACGAGGCUUACCUUUGACGUUCCGACAUGCGAUUCAACUCACCCGCCUACUUGGCUUCAACUACCUUUGGAUCGAUGCAAUGUGCAUCUCACAGGAUGACGAUGAAGAAUUGGAAAGAGAAACAGCCAACGUAGGGAAAGCGUACGCUAAUGCGUAUUGCACGAUCUCGGCCUGUGGAUCUCUGGAUGCCGACGGUGGCCUCUUUCGGAGACGAUCCCCCGGAUUUGAGGAAUUUCCCUGUUAUCUCCGUUUCUCGAAAACUAAGGCUUUGAGAAUCAAAGCUCUGGACCGAACUUAUGACGACCAGUCGUUCUCCAUCGAAGUCGACAACAGUCCCCUUAGUCAAGAGGCUUGGGCCUUUGAAGCGCGGCUCCUGUCCCGUCGCAUCUUGCACUUCGGAUCCAAAUUUCUCUUCUUUGAGUGUAAUACACACAUUGCGUCCGACGCUCUUCCCCAAGGCCAACCGUUUCUAAAGGUAUCGCGAGGUCUGCUUCAUUUUCUUCGGCGUUUGAAAUCGGAUGGGAUUACUCAGAUCGCUGGUGAUGCCAUUCAGUCUCCAUACAACCCAGUGACCGGGUAUCGGGCAUUCAUGGGGGAUCUUAUAAGGAACAGAUCUGCUGAGCCCAGUCUGGAAGAGCAGCUUCUCCUUCACUAUUGCUGGUUCUUCCUCGUGGCCAUCUAUUCUAGAGCCAAGCAGGAGAGCACCCCUCAGCAGCCCGCUCCUUUGCUCAAUCUCGCCCAGGGAGUUGUGGGUAGUGGAAACGAACUGCAAUACAUGCAUGGAAUGUGGAGACGUCACUUCAUCUUUGACCUGCUGUGGUUUGUUGGCUUCGGAGAAGAGCGAAGGAAGAGACCCGUGCCAUGCAGAUCGCCCACCUGGUCAUGGCAGGCUGUAGCUGGAGGCAUCACUGCGGAAUUGAUAUCAUGGAGGAAAAACCAUGCUGGGAAGCACUGCAACAUAGUGAAGGUUGCUGAGACGCCGAAUGGGGAGGUUUGGCUGCAACCAACCGAGGUGCUUACCAUCAUUUGCCCCGUCCUCCGCGGCACCGAUAUCAAACGCACCAGCACCAAACGGGCUACGCUUCAAAUCAGCACACGGCAUGAAAGCGUACGGGCAUCGUUCAUGCCUGACAUAUCAGAUCUCGAUGAAUCCAAAGAUCUGUUCUGCGCCGAAAUAGUCCGAGAGGCUAUGUAUGAGAAGAGCGACAAGAAGAAGCUACUCACGGUAUGGAGCAAUGGGCUGGUUUUGCACCGAACUCUCGACCGAAAAGCUGAGGGCGUGAAGGCGACGUAUGAGAGAGUAGGGCGAUUCUGGAUGGAGUGGCCUGUGGACGACUCCGCCGGGGGGACGGAGACCGGACUCAGAAUGAAGCCGAUGUUCAAUAGACACAAAGCACAGAGUGUUAGCAUCAUCUAACCGCGAUGAUGAAUGGGGGUAGGUGAGAGAAAAUAAUGCUCCUAUAUGGCACAAGAGAGCGUAAUGACUUUGCGCCUUUUCUCUGUAGCUAUGCGUCCUUUAUUGUACGAAAACGUCGGGCAAUACCCUAGUGUCUGGCGUUCGAGGGUCUCACAUACAUUCUAAGCGACGCUGGUGCAACUGCAGGCUGAAAGACGGAGCUGUCGGGGUUGUUUUCCAGGGGGAGAAAUAAAUGCUUCGUAGUUCUAGACAUUAUUAAUGAGAACACUGCAUCCU